UACCAGACUUGUUCCCAAUGACGAGGAAACCGAUGAUGAACAAGUGUAGGAAACCAUCGUUUUUCAAGGUGCUGAUUGGUGACUUCUCUAAGCGUCUGCUCAUACCACCAGAGUUUACCAAGAACCUUGUUUGGAAUGGGAUAUUUCCUCACAAAUGUGCUCUUAGAGGUCCUAGCGGACUACUUUGUGCUGCGGAAGUGGAAAGCACAGAAAAUGGCAUGUUCUUCCACAAUGGAUGGGAAUGCUUUGUGAAGGAUCAUCAUUUAGAACUUGGGGAUUUUUUGAUCUUCAGAUAUGAUGGUGAAUCAAAGUUUAGUGUCACAAUCUAUGAUAGAAGUGCAUGUGAGAAAGAUGUAGAGAUAGCUAAGAGGAGAAGUGGCUCUUCUGUUUCUUUGAAGAAUACCAGAAAUCAAGCUCGAGUAAAAGUUGAAGUUCUUGAUGACCUUGUAGCUGAAAGCUUCAAGAACAUAAACAGUGAAGACGAAACAGUUGUUUCCGAUGAAGAAUGUUGCAAUGAUGUCAAGCUGGGAAAGAGACCUGCUAACGGUUACUUGGAAGAAACAUCAGAUGGAUCAUUCUUGUUCAAGUCUGAGAAUUCAUGUUUUCAAAGAAUUUUAACCAAGCAUUCAAAAUAUCACAUUGGGUUUCCAAAAGAACUAGGUGUAGCUAAAGAUCUUAUGAAUAAGACGACCAUGAAACUUGAAGAUCCAACUGGGAGAUCAUGGACUGUUGGUCUGUGUGUUUCUAAAAAUUACAAACAAGACGGCAAGGUAUAUGAACGUAUAGAUGUGGGCAAAGGUUGGUCACAAGUUCGUGUUGCAAACAAGAUUUCACCUGGGGACACAAUUAUUUUUGAGCUUGUCAAGCUAAAAAUAAUGAAAAUUCAUAUUGUCAGAGCAGGAAGAGUGAGAGGCAAAGCAUCUGCUGUUAAACUAGUUAAUCCUAAUGUCGCAAGUUCAAUCUAG